UCACGCGAAAGACGAAAUGUAUUGCGAAAUAACACAUGUCUAUAACGUCUUCCACCUAGGGUGUAUCCAAUUUAAAUAUUCAUUCAGAUUACCGUGACGUUAACGGAUGCAUUGUUUUGGGCUGCAAACCAGCAUUAUUGCUGAUUCCGAACAGUUGUCUCAAUCAGCAAAUCAUUAGUAAGUGGGCAAUUUAUUAUAAUAGACCAAUAUGAAUGUCUCAUAGCUGAAUCACCGUUUGGUUGUUAUGCUCUUGGUGUGUAAUUUUGAGAAUGGCAUGACGGAUCCCGGAUGUAUUAACUCACAGAAGGAGGAGAUGUUAUCACGUUUGUCAUCUAAAUUGACGUACAUAGCUGCCGAAAUACAGGAAACAUAUUCUCUGUUAAAGAACAUGUCGAUAUCAGGACUUCAGAGAGACUGUCUAGCAUUGUUGGAUACAGGGAGUACGCAGAGUGGAGUGUAUAAUAUACCUGUGACGGGGACGGACAGGACCCCAGUCUGGUGUGACAUGGACACAGAUGGUGGAGGAUGGACGGUAUUUCAGAGACGUAUAGAUGGCGCCACUGACUUAUACAGAGGAUGGGACGAAUACAGAGACGGCUUUGGUGACGUUUACCAUGAGUUUUGGUUAGGAAAUGAACAAAUACACGCUCUCACAUCAGCAGAAGAUACUGAACUGUGAUUCGAUAUGGAGGAUUUUCAAAACAUCCCUUUCUAUGCCAAAUACCAAAGGUUCACCAUAGGGAAAGCCACUGAUAGCUAUCGAUUGAAC